CCCUAGUCAGUCACUCCCUGCGUUCCUUGUUAUAGUGAUUCUUUCAGUGUCACGCAGAUUUGGGCAUGGCGAUUGGCGGGAGGCUCAGUGAUGUGAAUGUCUUGUGCCUCAUUGUGGUAUUUGCUCUUCAUGCUUGGUCAGUGCUGGAGGGACAUGUGCUUGUGUCUCGCGCAGGACAGCUCUAUCAAAAACCCGUGUCAGUACCUGAAGUGGUGGAUGAAAGGGACUGCGUGUUUCCAUUUUGGUGGAAGAGCAAAUUGCACAACAACUGCACACGUCUGGACCGCCCUGACCACUGGUGCGCCACUCAGAUCAACGAUGCAGGAGCUCCAGUAACCUCUGGCUAUUGUAAAAAAUUCCUGGUGGGUCCCCUUCCGGCUCAGCCUACUCCAACAAUGGAUGACGAUCCUGACCUCCACGAAGACUGCGAGGUGCCGUUUUAUUACAACAAGAAGACCUUCACCAACUGCACCAUGGAGGACUCGAAGCGGCCGUGGUGCGCCGUGGAAGUGGAUCAGCUGCGCAAGCCCAUAAGAAUCAAAUUUUGCCGCGGAAAGGAGGGAAUUGUGUACCAUGGAAAGCAUGUUGAGGUAUUGCGUCUCUCUGAAGGUGUUUUCAUCCCAGCAACCAGAAAAUCAAGAGGACCUGAAUCAAACGGUCCCAUAACCACAAAGAACGGGGAGGCGUGUGUCGUCCCAUACAAAUUCAAAGGGAAGGUGCACAUGGGCUGUUACUGUGAUGGGAUAUCGCCGUGUUGGUGUCCCCUUCGCAUCAGCUCCGACUACUACCCACUAGACUCCGACUACUGUGCAGACAACGACACCGUGGUACCCAUCGAGCACCUCCAGGUCAACAUGUCAGAUGUGCCAAUGACUGUUCGAAACGGGCCAUGUACGUUUCCUUUCGUGUACAAUGGGUUAGCCUAUACAGAGUGUGCAUGUGUAGACGCCCCGGAGUGCUGGUGUGCCGUGUCCCUCACACAGACUAAUGAACCAGCAGUGAGUGACUAUUGCAAAGACUUUUUGAUUGGGGAAAUUCCUACCGUGCCUCCUCCUGCCUACGGUCCUUGCAUCAAUAUUACUAAGGACGGGUGGGCGUGUCACCUCCCCUUCACCUAUAAUGGACGAAACUACACCCAAUGCACCACCGAGGGACGCGACCGCCUCUGGUGCGCCACGCUGCUGGACGAACAAGGCGACAUCGUUCAAUGGGGAUACUGUGCCGACGAUGAUUUGUGGGAUGACGCUGUCGGCGAGAGGCGUCAAUAACAAGGGUUCACUUGGUCUGUGAGGUGACAAGUGAUUCUUCAACUAUAUACAAUAACUGUUGUAAUUGAGGAAUUAAACUACUAGACUACUAAGGUGAUAGCCUAUGUAAUGUUAACACUUACCUAUUAUUUACAUGUCAAUGAUUGAUUUCACUUCAAAAUUGCUAGCAAUAACGUUCUUUCAUUGCUAAUUUUUAUAAACAAACAUUACAAAUCCAUUUGAUGAAACCAAAUAAUAUGUAAUAAUGUUCUUGGUAAGGCAGGAUGACCAGCAAAAUAAACUGUAAACUUCA